CAGCAACCGAGGAGGACUUUUCGCUGCGCAGCACAACAAAGAAAAGAACGGCAAAGCAGAGCGCAGUAUCGUACCCAUUCCCGCAGCACCACGACAGCAGCAUGAGCCACAACAUCAACAUCAACAUCAACAACAAGCCCCCCCCGUUUUGUCUCUUCGACACGGAGACGACGAUCCUCCAGAAGCGGACCGAGACGGAGUGCAAGCCCUACUUUGUGGACCUCUCUGCCCUCCCGGACGGAGACAGGAGGCACCUGGAGGAGGCCGGCCUGCUGGGAACACCCGGAGGAGGCGAUCCCGGCCGGGGAGGCAGGCGUCUCGUCCGGCUGCUCCGAGAGAAGCACCGGGCCUACCUCGAGGGCGUCUGGAGGAAGCCACUCGGGCCCGGCUUUGUGAGCCUGGACUCGAGCCGGCCCUGGAUGCUCUACUGGUGCCUCCAGGGGUACGACCUGCUCUCGGGGGAGCCGGGUGGCAGCGGCAGCGGCAGCGACGAGAAAGCCAACAAGAAGUGGAUCACCAACUCGGACGGGGCCAGCAUGGUGUCCACGCUGGAGGACUGCUGGCAGGGCUACCACACGGCCCACUCGGAGAUCCCGAUCAUUGUCGACAGGGGAGACGCCACGGGUUCAGACAGAGAUGCAAACACGAGCACGAGCUCGAACACGAGCACGAACACGGAUGCAAGCUCCGGUGGGGCCGACCCCCUGUAUUUCGCCCCCCACGAAGACGACGAGCACCGGCAAGUCGGCAACAGCGAAAACGAAAGCGAGGAGAACGAGAACAAGAACGAGGACGAGAAGCAGAACGAGGCACUCUAUUACUGCGGUGGAUUCGGGGGAGGGCCCGGCCAGAUGGCCCACGCCGCUACCACCUACGCGGCCAUCCUGGCCCUGUGCAUCCUCGCGACGAGCCGGGAGGAAGACGACGCUGACGGCCCUUCAGCGGACCACGACGGCGACGGGAACGACAACGACGACGAUUCGCGCGACUCGUACGAGCAGCUGCACUACUCAAAGCGGGCGGAGCGGAUCCUCCGCGAGAUCCGGGUCCCGCUCUACCGCUGGAUGGCUUCCCUGCAGGUCCCGGAAACCGGGGGGUACCGGAUGCAGCACGACGGGGAGGUCGACGUCCGGGCCACCUAUACCAUCGCCUGCUGCUCCCGGCUCCUGGGACUCCUCCCCCCGCAAGGGAGCACCAGCGCCAGCACCAGCACCAACGCCCUGUGCCGGCCGCUGGUGAUCGACUACGUCCGGUCCUGCCAGACCUACGAGGGGGGCAUGGGCGGGGAGCCCUUCUCGGAGGCCCACGGGGGGUACACCCUCUGCGCGGUCGCCGCCCUGCAGCUGCUGGGGGCCCUGGGGGACUUUGAGCCGGAAGCCCGCGGGGAAAAAACCGAUCCCCGCCCCCGGCACGCCUUUGACGUCUCCUCCCUCCUGGGGUGGCUCUCCCGGCGGCAGAAAACCUACGAGGGGGGCUUUUCGGGCCGGUCCAACAAGCUCGUCGACGGGUGCUACUCCUACUGGCAGGGGGGAGCCAUUGCGAUUGCCAGCAGCCGCUCGGGGGUCCUGGGCGGGGAGGGCGGAACCACCAGCGGCAGCAAGGCCAGCGAGGACCCCUGGCUCGAGCGGUACUACCGCGAGCAGCACCGAUCCGGUGGCGGCAGCGGAAGCAACACCGGUGGCAGGGCCGAGCCCCUCCCCUUUCCCCUGCUGUACAACGUCUUUUUGCUGGAGCGGUACAUCCUCCUCUGCGCCCAGGAAAUCACGGGGGGCCUCCGGGACAAGCCCAGCAAGCCGAGGGAUUUCUACCACACCUGCUACAACCUCUGCGGCCUGUCGAUCGCCCAGCACUGCGGAAACCACCACGAGCCGGGGGAGGGAGCGGGCACCGCGGAAUUGGGAGAAGAAGACACUCCUCCGGACCCGCAGAAAGAGGACUUUUUCGACCCCGGGUUCGGGGACGAGCACCAGACCCUGGUGGAGGCGACCCAUCCCUGCUACAACAUACGGAUCGAUCGGGUGGCGGCCAUUUUGGACAUGGAAUGGGAGUGAAACGACGGAAAACGAAACGAACAAAACGAAGCGCAACGAACGGCCCAAUCUCGUAAAGGAACGACAGGAGAGGCAAGGAAUGCCAGCAUUCGCGGCGGGACGGAACCAAUCCAUUCGGAGGCCACGUGGUGGGAGAAACGAUGUGCCCGCUACAGCGGGAACCGCAUCCGAGCAAUGCUGGAUGGUGGGUUGUUUUUUCGCUGUGCCAUUCCGACGCGAAACAGUGGGCCCCCGGAUGCCCGAGAGGAGACACGGGUGCGAAGCAGAAGCAAGCAGUCCGUGUUGCACGAAACCCUGGCAGGGCGGAGGGCAUUCGCGAAGGCAGGCUUGCGAAAGGUUGGUUGCGCUUUUGCCGUGACACCACGAUUGUCUUGCGCACCGCGCGUGGAUUGGUUCCGAGAGCUGCCACCGGAUGCGAGUACUCUGGUGUCCCCAUACUCUAAUCUAUAGCUGG